UAGCACGUAGUCUUCCAGAAAUACGGCACACGAAGAAGAAUUAGCCGUAGUUUCGUUAGAGGGCUGAACUGUUGAGAACGCCGGGCAAACAACCAGGGAUGCUUCUGGACCUUGCUCCUCCCCUCCACCAGCAUCGUUGUCUCCUCCUCCUCACUUUCACCCGGCUCCUUGUCAAGCCCCUUCAUUACAUCCCUGCUCUCCCCUGUCAGCCCUGACUCCUUUCCCCCAGCAACAAAGUCUAAUUUAGCAGAAGGAAUGGUGGAUGUCAGCAAGUGGCCCCUGUUCUCUCUGCUAAGCUCGGAGGAACUGGCCACGGUCCGGCAAGCCUGUGUGUUUGGAAACUCCGCUAAUGAAGCAAUCUACAUCACACAUGGAAAUGAGGUAUUUGUAUUAGGCUUCAACCUCAGUAGCUGCCUCGGCACAGGAGAUAGUCUUAGUACUAUUAUACCAAAAAAGCUAGACUUCCUGCGAGGGAAGAAAGUAAUCAGUCUGAGCUACGGCAGCGGACCCCACAUUCUGUUGGUCACUGAGGAUGGACAACUGUUUGCUUGGGGACACAAUGGUUACAGUCAGCUGGGGAAUGGAAAUGCCAACCAGGGUGUGUCUCCAGUGCUGGUCACCUCUAACCUACAGAACAGAAAAGUGAAAGAGGUGGCCUGUGGCUCUCAUCACUCGAUGGCUCUCAUCGAGGAUGGCGAGGUCUUUGCAUGGGGUCAUAAUAACUGUGGCCAGGUUGGCACAGGUGCUACAGCCAACCAGCCCUACCCCAGGAAAGUUGCCGGCUGCCUGCAGGGCAAGAUGGCAGUGAGCAUCACGUGCGGGCAGAGUUCCUCCAUGGCUCUGGGCGACAAUGGAGAGGUUUAUGGCUGGGGCUAUAAUGGUAAUGGACAGCUGGGUAUCAGUAACAAUGGAAACCAGCUGAUACCUUGCCGCCUCACUACACUCCAAGGGCUUUGUGUUCAGCAGAUUGUGUCUGGUUACGGCCACUGCCUGGCGCUAACAGAUGAAGGACUGCUGUAUGCCUGGGGAGCAAACACAUACGGUCAACUUGGAACUGGGAACAAGAGCAACCACCUAAGCCCAGUCCAAAUCAUGGCUGACAAAAAGAGGAUUAUAGAAGUCGCCGCCUGCCAUUCAACGCAUACUUCAGCAGCCAAGACAAAGUGCGGGCAGGUGUAUGUGUGGGGUCAGUGCAGGGGCCAGUCCAUCGUCCUGCCCCACCUGACACACUUCACCAACACUGAUGAUGUCUUUGCCUGCUUUGCCACACCACCGGUCAUGUGGAGGCUCGUGUCUAUGGAGUUUGACGACUUCUUGACCGUUGCCGAAGCCCUCAAGAAAAAGUUUGACAGUCCGGAAACUGCCGACCUGAAAUUCAGCGUAGAUGGCAAAUACAUCCAUGUUCACAAAGCUGUGCUGAAGAUCAGGUGUGAGCAUUUCCGACUGAUGUUCCGCUCGCAGUGGACAGAAGAUCAGCAGAAGGUGAUUGAGAUCAACCAGUUCCCGUACCCAGUCUACAGGUCCUUCCUGCAGUUUCUCUACACAGACGACGUUGACGUUUCACCAGAGGAUGCCAUCGGCCUGUUGGACUUGGCCACAUCUUACUGCGAGAACCGCUUGAAAUCUCUGUGUCAGCAGAUCAUCAAGAGAGGAAUCACAGUUGAAAACGCCUUCACUCUUCUUUCUGCCGCUAUAAGAUACGACGCAGAGGACUUGGAAGAGUUUUGUUUCCGAUUUUGUGUCAACCACCUGACUCAGGUGACUCAGACUGAAGCCUUCUGGCUGGUAGAGGGAGCCAUGCUCAAGGAGUUUAUCAUCAGAGCUGGCCGCUGCGGAGCCUUCAAGUACUGAGAGGUACUCAUAUUGUUGAAGACAUCUGAACUGUAUGUAAUUCAAGUGGAUGUGGCAGCAUAUCCUUGUGCUAAAAACACUGCAUUUAUAAAAGGAGGCGCUGACCCUGUUUCAAGAGUUUAUUCACACAUGGCACAUGGGCAACUUCAGUGAGAUAUCUGUGGACUGGAAUUUAAGAUCAUACAGUAGAUGCAUCUGAAAACAGCACUUUGACCAUUUGUGGAGUCAUUUAACAUACUGAAGACAUCUUUUUCUCAAAUUGUUCUUCAUGUUCUGCGUUUAAACUUGAAUUUUAUCUUCCUUUUUAAGUUUAUUUUCUGCUGUGAUUUGAAUAGGUUCAAAGCACAGAAUCUGCAUUUUUCUUUUAAAAGACUCUGGCCAGGUCAAAAAUUCAGGACAUUAUAUGGAAACGGAUAUUUAGGUCUCAUCUGCUUUUCAUUUCUUUGCUUUUCUUUUUAGUUUCUUUUUGUUUAGGCUAAAUGGGGAAAAAAGCAUCAAGCUGAUCCAGGCCCUGCUAAAGGUUCUCAUACAACACUUGUAAUUUGAAUGUUUGUCUUAGCUGGGAUUUUUCAUGUGGAUUUUUAACCUUUUAUAUUGGAUAUAAAAUAUAAAUUCAUUUAAGACCAUUUGGUUGGAUGGUUGGUUCUAUUGCACUACAGACGAAUUGUAAUUAAGGUUUCUUUCUAUAGCUUUUAUCAAUGAUUACAAAUAUGUAGUGAGUAAUUUAAAAUGCUGUGGAAAAGGGAAACAAUGUUGCACUUUAAAUUUUGUUUGUUUCAAAACAAAAACAAUGAUAGAUUUUGAGGAACCUUUAACACAGUUUUAGUUUUUCAUUUUAUUGCAGUUGUAAACAUUGUUAGGUGUAUCUUCAAGGUCUUUGGUAUGUUACAGAAGCUUUACAUUUAAAAAUAACGCUGUUUUCACCUUCUAAUGUUAAUAGAACAAAUGCAUGAACUUGUAAAUAACACUCAAACGCAUCAGAAUAAUUAAUUGCAGUUGCAUUACAUUUGCCUGGGGUUUUCUAAAUGGUCAGCACAAACGAUUUGGAAUGCUUAAAAAAAGUCAGGUUUCUGUUUAUAAUUUGUUUUGCUCAAAUAUUGGUGACCAAAGACUGUUAGUCAUCAUUCUGACUUCUAAGUAUUAUUGCUAUGACAGGAAAAUGUUGGUAAGUUUCUUUUUCUGUAUGCACUGCUUCUGCUUGGCAAGAAUUGUAAUUUUGUUCAAGCUUGAGUAGGAUCUCUCUGCUUUUUUGUUUUUAACAAAAACGGUCUCAUUUGAGUUAAAAUGACUUUUCUUAGCUUUCUGUGGCUUUCUGUUAAUUCUUCCAUACAAUGAGGAGCAGAGGUGGUUUUUAUAUAUGGAACAACAAGCAACAAAUUAUAUUGUUUUGUUCAUUUUGAGGUGAUCUGCAUUAUUUUAUUGAGUUUUAUAUUGUUGCUCUUUAGUUGUUCCAUUACUGACAUAUUACUUUUUUAUAUUUUCCUAUGGAAAUGUUUAAAUGAAAUGAAAUAAAUAACUCUGAUUUGUUUACACUU